AUGACAGUUCAAUCGCGUGUAUUCCAAACAUCAGAAGAAUAUUUAAACAGAUUAACCACUCGCAAUAAUUAUCGAACAAAUCUUGAUUUAAUUGAAGGCGGCAAUAUGAUGCCGUCAACAACGUCAAUUCGUGGCAAACCAGAUUAUUUUUCAAGAUCCAAUCAUCUUCACGAAUUACCUCGAUUUAAUAGGGGAGCGAAUUUUGAAAGGAAUUUUAAUAUACAAAAUGCCAUAUUGCGAAGAGAGAAAAUCAUUCGUCGCGGGUUAUCCUUGAUCAUUUUGGCCAUGACAGUGGUUUUCAUGAUAUAUGUUUGUGAAGAAAUUCACCUUUAUCGUAUCCUUGGGAAUGAUCUUCCUCCUAGGCAUAAAGCCGGUCAAGUCUUACAGAAUGUGAGAUUUAUCUUAGAACAUGAACCAAAAUUUCCUAAUACAAAAAAAUGGUGGAUUUUAAAUCGUAUAAUUGACAAUGAGUACGAAAAUGCCUUAAUAGAUUUAUUAAAAAUGUACGAUCAGGAUUAUGUUAGAAUACCUUUUAUAACUGAAGAAUAUUUGAAGUUUGAUUUUAGACUUGAAGAUUUUCCUGAACCCGAUUUUUUUCAUUCAUAUGAAUACAUGAACUUUUCCAAAGUCGCUAAAUUAAGAACCAUCGAUUAUGCUUAUCAUGAUAAAAAUAUAUAUGCCAUGAAUAAUAACGGAGGUAGAAAUGCAGCAUUAGCACACGGAAAAUCACAACCCAAUACACGUUGGAUAUUCCCAUUUGAUGGAAAUUGUUACUUAACGACGAACGCAUUCUCAGAAAUUAUAUCACAAAUUGAACAAUGGGGAAAAGAUUAUAAAUAUUUUGUAGUACCGAUGGCUAGAUUAUUGAAUAAUACUCAAUUAUUGAUCGGUCCCGAUAUUAGACCUCAAACUCCUGAAGAACCACAAAUUAUAUUCCGUCAUGACGCCGAAGAAAAGUAUAAUGAAAAUAUGAGAUAUGGUCGAAGAUCAAAACUGGAAAUGUUAUGGAGAUUAGGCGUACCAUCUCCGCGAAAGAUGUUAAAUAAACCUCCGGUACCAUGGGAAUCUCAUGAUGCGCCAUAUUUCUCUCCUCCCAAGAAUAAAUAUAAAAUGAUAGGUUGGGUAUUUCGAUUAUUUUCGGGUCAAGCAUCACAAGAAUUACAUAAAAGGGAGGCUAGCGCGUUGAGAGCUUUUAAUAGAUUGUUGGCCAUUCAAGAUUUUUUGGAUGGGAUUGAUGAGAAGAUCGCGAGAAAUGUACAAGGUUUUGAUCCCAGUCGUUUAUUCUUGUACGAUGAGAAAGCGUUAAAUCAAGCAAGGUUACAAUAUUGGGGAGGUGAUGAGGAGAUCGCAAAAGUUGUCGAGUUCAUGUUAGAUAGAGCGGACACAAUGAGUUUAUCAGCUGCCGAUUGGUAUUCUACUUCUAAUGGUUUACCAGUUGAUACAAGUACUCAAGUAAAUUUCUUACAGCUAAAAACCGACACUUCUCCGGCUUUAUUGGAAGUUGGAAAAAGCGAAGUAAUUGAUCAACAACAUAAGAAAGAUGGUGAGAAAGUACAAAUUAAAUCAGAUGAUUCUGCUUCGAUUGAACAAGAUGUGAUGUUGGACGAAGAACUACAUUCUGUUUUAACUUCAAUUGAUACUAAUACCGAGAAUGGAAUCGAAUCACAACGAUCAAGUAAUUCAAAAGAUUCUAAUUCCAAUGAGGCAACAUUGUCUGAAGAGAAACAAAUUGAAAAAUAUGUCGGAAUAGUUGAAGAUGAAUUUGGUCAAUAUACUUCAACGACGCCAGUUCGAUUACCGGAGGUUUCAACAUCAGAACUAUUUGAAAAUAUAACAACGUUGGCAUUUGCACAUCAUUUUUCAGGGAAUGUUCAUUACUCUCGUUGGGCAGCAAACUUAAUUCGUACAUUUUUAUUGUCCUCAUAUGGCGUCGGUGAACAAGAUGAAGUGCAAGUCACGGCGUAUAAUACAGACUUUGACGCUAUUAAUGAUGAAGGUUAUAAUUUUCCAAAUCUUAAUAAGAUACCGAGAGCCGUACCGAAAUUUAAUAAAAUAGGUUCAACGUUUCCAAAAGAUCUUUUAGAGACGGAUCCAAGUUUCUUUUUAGAUUCUUGUAGGUUACUUUAUCGCGUUAGAGCUCUCACACAUAAAGAAUUCACCGAAUUAAGACGAUUUGCUUCGAUUUGGUUAGAAAAAUUGAUAAAUAGUCCUGAAGGGAUUGAAAGGUCAAGAAAACCCGAUCAUAGGGGUACUUUAUAUGAUUUACAAGUAACUUCCUUAGCUGGCUUUGUUGAUGAUAUGACUCAACCUUAUGAGAUCAUGUUUGUCAAGAAUUUAAUCGACGAGGGAAAAAUCUCACCAACACAUUACGAUAGUGCUACCUUCAAAUUCACAACAUUAAAUUUACAAUAUUGGAUGAUAUUAACACGUCUGGUACAAAAUGUAGGGGUUGGUUUGGAUUUAUGGCAAUACACCUCAAAGGACGGUCAAAGGUUAAGUAGAGCAAUGAUGGGACAUUUAGGCAAACAUGCUAAACGAUUAGAUGAUUUUUCAUUAAGAACGUUAAUACAUGUAGCCCAAGCUGCUCAUCAAGCGAGUGAUACUAGAAGAGGGAUUUGGCAUGAACAUGGUGAUGAGCAUGAUUAUUUUCAACAUUUCUUAAAAAAUAUAGGCGGUAAAAUGAAAUUAAUCGAUGAUGAUUCUAUAAGUGAUGAUGAGAUUAUGGAAAGGAAAAGAAUUGAUAAAUCUGUUGGGUUGGGUAAUAGAGCUAGGCAAAGAGGUAUACCUCCAUUUUGGAUGUUUGGUGUGGCAUGA